AUGGCUGCAGUGACGGCAGAUAAUCAUGGCCCUCUUCUAAACGUCGCCAUGUGGAUUGUGCUGGUACCAAUGGUAAUUGCAACAUUAACAAAAGUUUACAUCAAAUACGACACGCUUCGGAAAAUCCAGCUCGAUGAUUAUUUCGGGCUCAUUGCCAUGAGAGUUUUUUGGACAAUUAAUGCGGCAAUGGAUGCCUUAACCCAAGUAUUUAUCUGCCUGCUUCCGAUAUAUAUUCUUAGUGCUUUGAAACUGGAGAGAUCUAAGAAGCAGCUUACAAUACUCUUGUUCUCGCCCAAUCUUUUGGCUUUACCUCUUCUCGCUCUCCGCUUGGUCUAUCUUUAUGAGACCAUACAUUCAACCAACUAUACUUGGGAUACAUUUAAUCUAGCAUUGGUGACAAAUCUACACACUUCCCUCGCCAUUAUACUAUCCUGCAUUCCAUUCUCCAAAUCCAUUGUCGACAGUCUCACUUUUUCACCACUCAUCAUCACGGACAGUACAAGAGACACUAUCUCAAAUCGACUGAACAAUUCGGAAAGAGGAAACAACUCCAACACUGGCGGUGGCUCAUCCCACUUCUUAAGCUGCGCUGCAGCUAGGACCAGUACAAUUGCAAAUGUUGCUGGAGGUGAAGCACGAGAAUUGAAUAUGUAUUUCAAAUUUUCCGAGAGUCAAGAACGAAUGAUCUCAGGAGAACGAGCCUGA